AUGUCUAAAACAAAUAAAUCGACGUAUAAAUUCAAGCCGUUCGUGUUUUCACAAAACGAACCAGCAUCAAAAGAAAAACCACGAGCGAGGAGUGGACAUCGAAUUGUUUGUGAUGAAAAAUAUUUAUAUUCAUACGGGGGUUAUAACCCGUGUAUACGUGACGACGAUCCAGAGUUAUCUAACGACGAGAUAUGGCGAGAGAGCAAACCGCUGUUCAAAGAGUUAUGGCGAUUCAACUUGACUACACGUAGAUGGAAAUUACUGCCAGGCCGCAAGAGUCUGCCCAAGGAACUGGCAUCAACAGCUGUCAUACUUAGAUCUAAUAAAUUAAUUAUUUACGGUGGAACUGCUGAGCCUUUUGGUGAAAGCUGCAAUAAUCGAUUGUAUGUAUGUGAUUUAAAUGACGGUAGCAUAAUUGAACCUCAUGUCACGGGUACAUUGCCAGAUCCACAGUAUGGACAAGCUCUGAUUUGUCACAACUCGUAUUUAUACACGAUUGGCGGUACCACUGGUUAUGAUUACACCUGUGAUAUUCAUAGAAUUGAUCUGAGAACAGGUUUAUGGGAAAGGGUUUAUAUUUGUACGGGUAGAGAUCCUGUUGAGCCUGGUGGACGGUAUCGUCAUGAGCUAGCCUAUGAUGGAAAAUUAAUUUAUGUUCUUGGCGGUGGUACAUCAUCUGAAUGCUUUGGAUUUACGGAAAUUCCUGCAUUUGAUUUAGAAAAAAAUUGUUGGCUAAGACUACAAACUUAUGGCGAUUUAAAUAACAAUCCAUGGAUUCCACAUGCUCGACGCUGCCAUGGCUGUGUUCAAUAUGUCGAUCAACUAACUGGUGACAUAAAUGUUGUUAUCUCCGGAGGUUACACUGGUCCUCAAGUAUUCAAUGAUGUCUGGAGACUUAAUUUAAGACGAUUACAAUGGACUUGUCUGAAGAGAUUUGGGACUGAAUUACCGCGACCGGUUUACUUCCAUUCGGCAGCUCUUACUCCUGCGGGACAAAUGUAUAUUUUUGGAGGAAUUGUACAAAAUGGAUCACGGGGGUUGAGAACUCAGCAUGUGAGAUCAGUCUGGCUGGUUGUUCCAAAACUCACAGAAAUAUGCUGGGAAGCAGUUAAUUAUUAUUUCAAAAAUUUAAGAACUAAAUCCAAAGAUGAACUGACGAAUCUCGGGAUCCCCUUGAAGUUCAUACAACGCUUAGAUAUUAUUGAUUAA